AUGUCGAAUAUAGCAACUUCACAUAGACCACCAGGGUUAAACGAAAAGAACGGGACUAAUAUGAUCAAUAAUGGUGGAGAAAACGUUGAUUUAUUUGGGACGGAAAACAUCAGAGAUGUGUACCCUGGUGUUGAAACAGGCGGUUGGGUUCAAGGGGAGUCAGCUGAUAAGAUAGAUUGGUUAGAAUUGGUGGGUAACGAAGAUUUCAAAAGGCAUUUAAAGACCGGGGAGCAUAUGAAGGUUUAUCGGAAGAAGAAGGGGUUCAAGCAGUUUAGGAGACUUAUACUAGCACAAGAGUUACGGCCCUUUGGCAAUGAAUUUCAAGACUCUUCAUCUUCGAACGAGAAGGGUACGGCAACAGAACCCAUGAAAAAUGGUGGCGCUGUGUGGUGCAUAAGGUUUAGUCAUGACGGAAAGUUCAUGGCAACGGCAGGGAAAGAUGAAAUACUUCGCAUCUGGAAAGUAAUAUCAUCUCCAGCAGAAAGGCUUGAAUUGAACCAGCAUUCUAUUUCAUUUUUGAAAUCCACUGCUAAUGCUAUAUCUCAGUUGAACGGACAACUAGCGCAAUACGGAGGCGAUACCGAUUCUGCGUCGCUAAAUUCUGGUUCAAGUAAUACUCACGUUGACUCACUAGGAAGUUCUAAUGCAAAUAGAGAUGGAUUUUCAACAAAAGCUGUUCCACAGGAGCAACAAGGGCAAACUCAAGGACACCGACAUCCUUACGGUCUAGGUGAUUCGUACUGUGGUGUUUUCCAUCCAAACCCAUUGGUAACAUUUCAUGAACAUACAGACGAUAUUCUAGACAUAGACUGGUCGAAGAACUCAUUCAUACUUACGGGGUCUAUGGAUAAAAGCUGCAAGCUAUGGCAUUGUGCAAGGCCUACGUCUUUGAAGACGUUUGUACAUUCGGAUUUCGUUACAGCGGUCAGAUUCCAUCCAGAAGACGAUAGGUUCUUUCUAAGCGCAUGCCUUGACCAGAAAUGUAGGCUGUGGUCGAUCUUAGAGAAGCAAGUAAUAUUCGAAUAUGAUUGUGGGGAUUUGAUUACGGCUAUGGAUAUAUCUUAUGAUGGUAACUAUACAAUUUUGGGUACAUUUAACGGUUAUAUCCACGUAUUAAUAACCAAAUCCUUGGAACUACUUUUCAGUUUUAACGUCCUUGAUAAAGACUCAGAGUUGAAAAAGUGUCAUAGGACAAGCAGGAGGUUAAAGAAGCAAUCAAGUGAUAAGGCAAAAAAUGGUCCUAAGAUUACAGGACUAGAGUUUAUACAAAAGGAUGCACGUAAUUAUAAGAUUUCGUCCAAGGAUGUCAGUGAUUGGUUCCUUGUCAGCAGCAACGAUUCAAGAAUAAGAAUUUAUACGUUAAAUCAAGAGUUUGUUUCGGUGAUGAAAGGUCAUUCCAACGAGCAUUCCCAAAUCACGGCACAUAGCACAGUCACGAGGUCGGGAAAGGCUUAUGUUGUUAGUGGUAGUGAAGACCACUGGAUAUACUGCUGGAAGUUAUCUGAUGAGGUAGUAAAAUCAACUGAAACGUCCAGCAAGGACUCAAAGUCGACCCGUUCAAGAUCAGGUUCCCUGCGCAGUUUCUGUAGAAGACGCAACAACGAUUCUGUGGCAUCGGAGACGCUUGACGCUGUUUUGUCUCGUGGCUACACCAAAAAUCAUCAAGUGUCCUCAAACUCAAACUACAUUGGAUUCCACGCGCACCAUCAUCCAAUUACAUGUGCUACAGCGGUGCCCAUGCAGGUGACAAAAGUUCUGUCGUUGAGUAACGAUUUAAUCUGUGAAUUAACGAUGCAGUUUUGGGAGACUACGGAUGACUUUACCAUGGAAAGCGCCUCAAAGAAUGCCAGAGCCAAGAAAAACGGGAACGCCAUUUCAUCUAAUGAUGGACAGAAAACCGAUUGCAGAAGGAAAAUCAGUAUUGAUAAGACGAUUCCUAAUGUAAAGGGGAAAAGUGGUGUGUCUGGCGCUCAGUCAAAUAAUGUACCGAACAUACAAAUAUCUGAUGGUGACAAUCGUACCACAAACGCUGUCAAUGGUACGACAGCUGCUAACCCACCGUCGUUGAUAGAAUUUAUCGGAGGUAUCGUAGUGAGUGCUGAUACGACAGGUGUGAUUAGAGUGUUCCGGAGUGAUAUAUCAUCUAACGUUCGUAAAAAAGUGCUAAACAGGCUUAAUGCCAUUGAAAAGCAAUUGAAGGAAAACGGUGAGGGGUCCGUAAAGCCAAGAACCUCCGGUGUCAGCAGUGUUGCUGCUGCUACCAAUGGUAGUUUGAGCACUGCAACCACGUUUGUCGGUAAUGGCAGCAAUGGUCACAAUGUACAUUCAAUUGAAAGGCCCACGCCGUUCCCAAUGCAAGAUUCUUUACCAUUAGUCGAUGAAUCAUCUUCAUCAUUAACAACAUUACAACAACAGCAACCACAUUCCCAAUCUAGGGUUUGUAAUGUAUGUGGAGGAACACGGUUUGCAACUGAUCAAACACUGUCGUUCAAUCAAGCUCCUCAAAACGUGAAAUACUACUGUUUGGACUGCGGUGCGUUGUACACCUCAUUGAGGUGA